AUGCCGCAGGGCCUGAUGACCCUGCAACUUAUCGCGGUUUCUCAGGACCAGAUCAUGCUCAUCGCAUGUACCUUGGUCGUCGUGCUAUGGAUCUGGAGUCUCCGUCUCCAAGCGACAAUCAAGAUUCCAGGCCCCUGGCACCUGAAAUUCACCGGCAUAUUCGUCAAAUACCAUGAACUAUUCGGUCAUAAGAGAAGGUGGAUCCACAAUCUUCAUCUUCGGUACGGCCCUGUGGUUCAAAUCGCAUCAAACGAAGUUUCUUUCGCAAGCUACACUGCAGCAAAACAAAUUUACAGCACUGGAAAUAAAGAUUUCCGAAAGACGGAGUUGUACUCUCUGUUCGAGCAAGACGGUCACAUCAACCUGUUCACUGCCCUUGAUCAUGACAGCCACAGCGCCAUACGGCGUCAUCUCGCUGAUCGGUACUCAAACUCAUCGGUUCUUCGGCCUCAAAUUACCGAGAUGAUAGAUGAGCGAGCCAAAACCUUUGUGGCGGUGUGUGCGGCAUCAGACACAGUGGACAUCUAUUUCUACUUGCAUGCAUACGCUCUUGAUUGUGUGACUGGAAUGUUAUUUCAUCCUCACAGAACAGACUCCCUAGUCGAUCCUGGCGACAAGCAGAUGGUCCAGCUGCUGUCUUACUCCAAUACCCGUGAAGUAACAUUUUCAACCCAUUACCUCCCGCUACUGGCGCCACUUUGGGCAGCCCUGUUUCCCAAGUUUCCGGACCUGGAACGGGGAAGUAGUAUGGUGCGGAAAUUUGUGCAAAGCUCAUUGGAAACCGGAGAUCAUUCUGAUUUCACCGUCGCAAGAAAGCUUCUAGAGUCAAGCCAAAUCAGCAGGCCUCUGGCUGAAGCUGAGUGUCUCGAUCACAUUGGCGCCGGAAUCGAGACCACAGGCGAUACUCUGUGCUGGCUCAUGUGGGAAUUGUCUCAACCCAAACAUCAGAACAAAGUCGGAAGACUUCACCACGAGCUUGCUGAAGCAGGUGUUGGAGGAUCUCUUGAAGGUCUGCCAUACCUCAACGCCGUCAUCCAGGAAGGCCUGCGUCUGUUCGCCCCGGGGACGCUACCUCUUCCACGCUAUGCGCCAAAAGAAGGCGCUUUCGUCGAUGGAUACUUUAUCCCCAAGAAUACUAUUGUGGAGUGUAACUCUUAUAGCAUGCACCGUUUGGAUGAGAGCACAUUCCCGAACGCAGACGAGUUAAUUCCCGAGAGAUGGCUGGAUCCCGAAGCAUAA